UCUCAAUUCCAGGCCACAGAAAGUCUUUCUCAGAGAAAAACACUGUCUCUGUCUGUCUGUAUAUUGGCAUUUCUUUCCUUUCUGUUUGCCUGAACAAUAUUGCUUCUAAAAACUCGUCAAAAUUUGCUCAUUGCAUAGGAUGAGUUCAUUUGUUCAUCGGGAAUUUCAACAUGAGAUAUGCGAAAUUACUGACCCUAGAGAGCUUGACGAUGAUGGCAGACCCAAAAGAACUGGGACUGUGUGGACUGCAACUGCACAUAUAAUAACAGCAGUGAUAGGAUCAGGAGUGCUCUCACUGCCAUGGGCUAUGGCACAGCUUGGAUGGAUCCCUGGCAUUUUUACUCUCUUGAGUUUCUCAUUCGUCACCCUGUAUACUUCCUGCUUCUUGGCUGAUUCUUAUCGAACUCCUGAUCCUAUCACUGGCAGAAGAAAUCAUACUUACAUGGAAGCUGUCAAAUCUAAUCUCGGUGGGAAAAUGUACAAGAUUUGUGGGUUGGUCCAGUAUACUUACAUGGGUGGAUUGGCAGUAGGCUAUACAAUCACAGCUGCUAUAAGUACAGUGGCCUUGCUAAAAUCAAAUUGCUUCCACAAGAAUGGGUUUGGUGCUGCUGGAUGCAACUAUACCGCAAUGACAUAUAUAAUAGUAGUUGGAUUUGUAGAGAUUGUUCUGUCUCAGAUUCCAAACCUCUCUACAAUGUCAUGGCUCUCCGUUAUUGCAGCAGUCAUGUCAUUUGGCUAUGCAUUAAUUGGAAUUGGACUUUCAUUUGCAAAAAUCACAUCAGGGAAAGGAGAAAGAACAACGUUGACAGGAGUGGAAGUAGGGAUGGGUUUAAGUCAAGCUGAUAAAGUUUGGUCUAUGUUGAGAGCCACUGGUGAUAUAGCAUUUGCUUGCUCAUUUGCCUCCGUCUUGAUUGAAAUCCAAGACACACUAAAAUCAUGGCCGCCUGAAAGCAAAGUGAUGAAGAAGGCAAACAAAAUUGCCAUAUUAACUUCAACUGGUUUCUACAUAAUGAGCGGUUGCCUUGGCUAUGCUGCUUUGGGUAACGGAGCACCCGGCAAUUUGCUCACCGAGUUUGGCUUUACUGAACCCUUUUGGUUAAUUGACCUUGCUAAUAUUUUCGUUAUGGUGCAUCUUCUGGGAGCAUAUCAGGUAUUGUCACAACCAGUGUUGAAUGCAGUUGAAGCAUGGGCAACCAAGAAAUUUCCAAAAUCAAGUUUUGUGGCAGAGAAUUACCCAUUUAAAAUUUUCAGGAAAAAGAUUAGUGUAAACUUCUUCAGUUUAAUUUGGCGAAUAAUAUAUGUGGUGAUAGUAACUGUGGUUGCUAUGGCAUUACCAUUUUUUAAUGACAUACUUGCUCUGCUCGGAGCCAUCGGAUAUUGGCCGAUGGCAGUGUAUUUUCCGGUGGAAAUGCACAUUGCUCAGAAGAAGAUAGAAAAGAAAUCGAUGAGGUGGUGGUGUCUCCAGUCGAUGAAUGUGGUUUGCUUAGUUGUUGCCAUAGGUGCUGCUUGUGGGGCCAUUGAGGGACUCACUCAUUCUCUUCGAACUUCGAAUUUCUUUGAGCUUUAAUUAAGAAAAAUCAUGUACUAAAUUAGCAAUCUAAAUCAGCUAGCUUAGUUACUGUUUUAGCUUUAUUAAUUCGAAGUUUAUGCUUAUUUAAGCAAAUGUAAACAUAAUGUUUACUAGUUUCCCUAUAAAUAAUAAAAGGGUUUUAUGUAAAGUA